CUGAUUAAGUUAGAGGCGAUGGAACAUAGAUUACAGAAGAUGGAGAACAGAAUAGAACAGAGCCAUAAAGAAAUGUUCACCGCGAUUGAGAAACUUGAACAUCAAGUCGCCCUUAAUGUAACCGAGAUUUACAAUCGAAGCAAGGAAAACAUCGAUGCGUUGGCUCAUAAAUUCGAUAACGACAUCGGACAUGUGUUAAAAUAUCAUCACAAGCAACAACCCUUUUCCUCGUGCAAAGAUGUUCCAUCGAACGUGUCGGGAACAUAUUUGAUCGGUUUAAGCAAUGUUGGCGUUAGUGUUCCGUUCAGAGUUUAUUGUGAACAGCAAGCGUUCGAUGGUGGAUGGAUUGUGAUGCAGUACCGUUACGACGGAUCACUGGACUUUUACCGAGGCUGGAAUGAGUUCCGCGACGGGUUUGGUGAUUUAAACAAAGAGUUUUGGUUGGGUCUUGAGAAGGUCCACCAGAUAACAAGUGGUCGUAAACAUGAACUAAUUGUUGAAUUAAAAGACUUUAGUGGAAUCUACAAAUACGCGCGGUAUGAUGGAUUCGAAAUAGGUAGUGAAAGUGAACGAUAUGAGCUGAAGGAUCUUGGAAAAUAUAAUGGAACUGCUGGUGAUGUAAUGUCUAAUAAUAAGGGUAGAAAGUUCUCAACGAAAGAUCGGGAUAACGAUGGAUAUGGCAGACAUUGUGCACAACAUCACGAAGGUGCAUGGUGGCACAGCGGUUGUACAUAUGCGACUUUGAACGGGAGAUACAUGAACUCGGACGAUGAAAAAUCAAUGCAUUGGUGGGAUUUCAAAUAUAACCGACAGGGAUUGAGUUACUCGCGAAUGAUGAUCCGAGAGUUGGAAUAG